CCUUGCUAGGACUAAGGCUACUAUAAAGAGCCAAAGCGCCGUUCAGUUACAUCCAAUUUUUGUAAUGGUGGCUUGCUGCAACAGUUUACCUUUAUCAACUGAAGCGAUUUCUGUUGCUGAACCAUCUGUUGUUCAUUUGCCACAACCUUCAGCUUCAUAUUUUGGAGAAAUAAAUUUUGCUGCCGAAGUAUCUGAUGUUUGUUUGCAAGAACAAGCUUCAACUUCAUCUUGUGAUAAAAUGCCAUCUAUUUGUGAAGGAUCUCAUGUUUGUUUGCAAGAACAGCCUUUAGCCUCAUUUUGCAUUGAAAUACGAUCUAUUUGUGAAGGCUCUGAUGAUGUUCUUUUAAGGAAUUUUAUAAAACAGCAGACUGAAUUGAUCUCGCUUCUGCAAUGCCAGAACAAAAUAUUACUGAAAGAACUUACAACAACCCAAAAAAAAAAAAAAAAAAAAAUGAAAAAAGAAUUAAUGUUUUAAAAAAAGCACUGAAAUUCAACUUCAUGACCUUCAAGUACAGCAUGAGGAAUUGCUGAAAGGAGUGAAAACAUUUCUUUCAGAUGAACAAAUAGCAAUGUUGAAAAUUCCUCGUAGAAGCAUUGCAAAAUGGUCUAACAAGAGAAUAAUAAAAGGCCUGAAAGUUAGAUUUGCCUUGGGCAAGCAUGGUUAUAAUUACUUGCACAGAAUAGG